CUUAGGCACACAUCUUCCUCUGAUCUCUUCUCUUUCUCCUAACAUAAGCAUCACGCCAAGAGCCGCAUAUACGAAUCAAGAACACAGCAUAAUUAACUCUCAUCGCUAGCCCUAACAAUGGAGAAGGAUACAUGCAAGGAAGGUCGUUCAACUUUCUCGAGAAACUCAUCUAUCGGAUACUACGAUGAUCGGAGGUCAGAGGGUGUUCCGUUCAAGUGGGAGAUGCAGCCAGGGACUCCCAUUAAAUCGCAGCCGCAGGAGACUGUUCCUCCAUUAAGUCCUCCUCCAGCGAUGCUCAGCCGCGGCCUCCCAAAGCCAUCCAUCUCCAUCGAAGAGCCAAAGAGCUUUGUGUUUCCAUCGAAGCUGAAGCUGAAGCUGCGGAAUUGGAAACAUCUUCAUUGCAAAAGAUAUUUUUCUAGAUUGACUAACAAAAUGGCAGAAGAAGAAGAAGAACGGAGAAGGCACCUUGUGCUGGCCAAACCUUUUUCGUUGGAAGAUGAAAAUAAUUCUGAGCACACAGCUUCUAACGUAAUCCGCAGGAUCCUCAGCCUCUUUAAGAACGUGCGUCCAGGAUCCGAUCUCACCAAUUUCCAGCUGCCACCUCAACUGAACCUACCUAGAUCACAACUCCAGUGUUACGGCGAGAUGAUCUACAGCCUCGGGGGUCAGGAUCUGCUCGGGGCAUGCAGCCGUCGCGAUCUUCCUAUCGAACGGCUUAAAUCGGUUGUGACGUGGAACAUCUCUACACUCCGUCCGGUGGUCUUUGGCAUGUCUCCGUACAACCCCGUUCUUGGCGAGACUCACCACGUCUCCAACGGUUACAUCAACGUCAUUGCCGAACAGGUAGUGCAUCAUCCUCCCGUGUCCGCACUUCAUGCGACUCACGAAAAAGAAAAUAUCGACGUGAUGUGGUGUCAAUAUUUCACUCCUAAAUUUCGUGGCACUUACGUGGAUGUUGAGGUAAAGGGUAAAAGAGUGAUGAAGCUUCUCAAUCGAAAAGAGACUUAUGAGAUGAACCAACCGAGACUAAUUAUGAGAUUCUUACCGACCCCUGGAGCUCACUGGGCAGGUAAAGUCAAGAUUAAGUGUCCGGAGACGGAUCUUGAAGCUGAGUUGAAUUUGAUAUCCGAUUCCUUCAUCGAAAGAUUCAGAGGCAACAAAAAUAGAUCAAUUAAAGGAAAGAUCUUUGAAUCUUCCACUGGUAAUCAGCUCUACAACAUCUUUGGCCAUUGGGACAGAACAGUAAUGGCCAAAAAUCUGAAGACUGGCGAGCUCGAGGUUAUCUACAAUGCCAAGGAGAAUAUAGCAGAACUCAAACCUCCAACCGUCAAGAAUCCGAAGGAGGUAAUGGAGAGCGAAUCUGGGAUAAUAUGGAGUGAAGUAAGUGAAGGAAUACUCAAGAAUGAGUGGGAAAGCGCAAGAGAAGCUAAAAGCCUUGUGGAGAAGAAACAGAGAGAGUCUCUGAAACAGAGAGAGGCUUCAGGUGAGUUAUGGGUUCCAAAACAUUUCUCAAUGGUCAAAGAUGGUAAAGACUGGGACUGCUCACCGCUACACUCCACGGUCCCUCGGGCUCCGCUCGUCGUCACAGAGGCAGAAGGAGAAACCAUAAACCAGUUUCAAGAUAACAACAAUCUAUGUUGAUAUUAGUUUUAAGUUAUUUUACAAUUAAAAUGUUGUUAUAAAAAAAAAUAGAUCGAUAACUAUAAAAUGGGAAUGGUGUUUUUGUCACUUCAUGAGGUUCAAUGUACGAGCGGUACCUCAGGUUUUUGAGAAA